UACAUAAAAACCACAAUAAUUGUUGACUCGACAGUGGAAAACAUUAUUACAGUUUCACCAUGGCUCCAAAAUUCAUAAUAAUAUUAUUAACAACUAUGGCAAUUCUUCCCGAGAUCAAGAGCAAUCACUGGGGUACAUGCUUGGCUGAACCGGAAGCAUUUCCUUUUAUUGCAAUUAUCAACAUCCCUGAGGAAAGCUUCAGCAUUGGGGCCCUGGUCACUGCCAAUAAAGUUUUAGGACCUGAGGCGGCUUUUCCCCCCCAAGCCACCGAUAUGACCGUCGAUUUGGGAUGCAUAGAAGUAGAAAGUUGCGCCGCUCGACACAUCCCAGUUUCUCAUUAUCUUAGGAAUCAUUCAUUCAGGACUAUGAUAUAUGUGCUAGGGACACCCGUCGUGUUGACUUCUGCGAUUUUUCCAAUUCCAAUACGUCCCUCAGAAAGCGAUGAUGAACUAUGGUGCAAAUUUCUGGGAUUUGAUAUACACAAUUACCAGGAGCUAUACUGGAUAAAUACGAAGAUUAUGGAUCGAGCAUCUUGCCUAGUCAUGAGAGGACGGAUUCCUAGAAACCACGCAUGUUUUUUUGAUGUAAACGAAAAUACAGUAUACGAAAGCGAAAACAUUGGCGGGCCAAUGAUUUGCGAUAGAUUUCUGUUUGGAUUGAUGUCUGUGUAUCCUGCGGUCGAUACAGCCGAACCGGUGCAGCUCGUCAGUAACUUAACUGGCUUUCGUCUUCCCAAUGAAGAAACCGGGGGUUUUCAACCAAUGCCACGUUCUCAUUAACUUUUCAAACUUCUAUCUUCGUAAAUAUUUGGCUUCCAAAAAAAUCACGGAAUAUUUUCGGUUUCUUUCGGUGACAGAAAAUUCACCGAAAUGAAAAUCCGAUUCUGAAUCGGAGCUCUCAGCCCUGAAGAUGCAGACAUCAAUAUUUGCGAGAGGACGGCGAAAUGCUGAAAGAAAACGCGACAUCCAUCUGGAAGCCAAUUAUAAUAAUAUAAUCGUAAUUAUCCAUUUAUAAUACAAUUAUAAACAAUAAAUAAAGAAUUAUAAUAGUGAUCAUGGCCGCAAGAGCCUCAAAA